CGGCCGUUGCCUGGACACGGCGUAAACACCCGAGCGCGCGCUGACGCUGCUGUCCCCAUGGGCAGUGUCUGCAGCUGCGGCCGGAGACUGACCGGACUGACCAGCUGGGAUGGCUUCCAAAAGGAGAGUUUUGAGCUUUAGUGAAAGGCACCAGAAGUUAGUCGAUGAAAACUACCGAAAAGCCUUGCAUGUCCAAGCACUAAAGAAAUUAGAGAGUCAAGCUAGGAACCAGGCAGUGCAGAAUGAAAGCGAUGAGCGGGUUGAGCGCAAAAGAUUCCUCAGAGUGCUGCAGAACGAGCAGUUUGAGUUGGAUAUGGAAGAAGCCAUCCGAAAGGAGGAGGAGAACAAGAGGCUGCAAGAACGACAGCUGGAACAAGAAGAAAGGCUCGCCACGGAGCUGGCCAGACUGAAGCACGACAGCCUCAAGGACGAGAAGAUGAGGCAGCAAGUGAGAGAGAACAGCACUGAGCUCAGAGAAUUGGAGCAGAAAUUGAAAGCAGCCUACAUGAAUAAAGAAAGGGCAGCACAGAUUGCGGAGAGGGACGCCAUCAAAUACGAGCAAAUGAAACGUGAUGCUGAAAUAGCCAGAAUCAUGAUGGAAGAGCAUGAGCGACUCAGGAAGGAGGAGGAUGCUGCAGAAGGCCAGCGGAACAGGGAGAAGGUACAGUACCACCUGGACCUGGAGAAACAGAUGGAAGACCAAGAACGGAGGAAGCAGGAGGCAUACGAGCAGCUGCUGAAGGAGAAGCUCAUGAUCGACGAAAUUGUGAGGAAGAUCUAUGAGGAAGACCAGCUGGAAAGACAACAAAAAUUAGAAAAAAUGUAUGCAACUCGGAAGCAAAUCGAAGAGUUUGAGAGACAGCAGGCUCUCUGGAGACAAAAGAAGCAAGAGGAGAUGGAGGAGGAAAACAGGAAAAUUGCAGAGUUUGCCAAUUUACAGCAGCAAAGAGAAGAGGAGCGAAUGGCCAGGGUUCAAAAGAUCGAGGAAAAGCGGCUCCAGCUUCAGAAUAUGCUGACUCAGAGGUUGGAAGAAAUGCUGCGGCAGCGUGAUGAUUUGGAACAAGUGCGACAAGAGCUGUACCAGGAGGAGCAAGCCGAGAUCAUGGAGAGGAAACUAAAAGAAGAAGCAGAGCAGAAGCUGAGAAAGAAGAAAGAAAUGAAGCAAGACUUUGAAGACCAAAUGGCCUUGAAGGAAAUAAUACUUCAGGCAGCCAGAGAGGAAGAGGAGAGCUUUAGAAAAGCUAUGCUAGCCAAGCUUGCUGAAGACGAUCGACUAGAACUAAUGAAUGCCCAGAAACAACGAAUGAAGCAGCUAGAACACAAAAGGGCAGUGGAGAAACUCAUCGAAGAGCGUCACAACCAGUUCCUUGCAGACAAACAACGUGAGCUGGAAGAGUGGCAGCUGCAGCAGAAACAGCAGGGCUGCAUUAACACGAUCAUCGAGGAAGAAAGGCUGAGACUCCUCAAAGAACAUGCUGCAAAACUGCUCGGAUAUCUCCCCAAAGGAGUAUUUAAAAAAGAGGAUGAUAUUGAUAUGCUUGGUGAAGAGUUUAGGAAAGUAUAUCAGAAGAGGAGUGAAGUUUGUGAAGAGAAGUGACGGACGUCGGCAAGAUUUGAUAAAACCUGAAGUUUUUGUGUGCAACCACUAGAUGUCAGCGGAACUUUUAUUUUACUGUCAGUGGCAGCAGACAUCUAGCAUUUAUUUGCAUAUUCUAAAACAACCAUAUUUCAUCAUUUAUAAACAAUUAGACAAAAUUAAACACAUUAACACUAACUGCAAAACUAGCCACUGUCAUUUACU